AUGUCCAGUAAAUCUGGAAAUCAACCACCCAAUGUCACCAACAGCGUCGUCCGCUCCACGGCGUCCUCUGACUCCUUCUCUGAUGACAAUAACUUGAACAAGCAAGCUCGAAUUGAACUCAUUGGCCUGCAGCGUCGUUAUCGUGUGCUCGAGGAUCAGCGGCAUGGCUUCACUCAGGAAGGAGGCUGCACAGCUCGGAAGCAGUUGUGGAUGGUCCAGCUCCUCAAAGACGAGAAGGAGGAUAUCAUCUCCAAUCUUAGAAAUGCAAAUUGUUCUCUUUACAAAAGAAAAGCAAAGAAAGCAGAGGCCACCAUUCUUGAAUUUAUUAAACGCUAUGAAACGUACAAGAUACAUAUUGAGGAUCAUUUAAGAAAUAUUAAAGAAUUGUCAGAUGAAGGUGACAAAAUCCAAGCGCAAGUUGUACAUCAGAAACUCAAGAUUUUAACCCUUUAUGGACAACAAAUAAGCAGAAGUGGAUCAGAAAGGCGAAUAAAAAUUCGAGAAAAUAAAUUAUAUCAUAUAACCUCGAAAUUUGACGAGCAAUGCAAAGGAAAUGAAUAUCUUCGCGAACAGAUUUCUUUCUUUCUCAGAGCAAGGACGGCAUUCCACAAACGACACAAUUAUCUCAAAAGAGAGAUUGCAAACGAGAAGAACAAAAUGCUGCAGUUGGUAACGCACGCCGAGUUUACAUAUGACAAUAGGGAUGAGGCUGUGGCAAAAAUCAAAAUCCUGCGAGAACGUGACAGUAAAGAGUCGAAGCAGCAUGUCACGGAAGUAAAAGAGUUUCAACGAGUUCUUCAUCAUGAUCGGAAGGUUCAUAAUUUUCUUCACGACAAAAAUCAAGGCCGAGCCGUUAUAGAAGAGGAUGACGAACGAAGAUGUGAGAUUUUUUGA